UAACUCAGAGUAGCAGAGGAACUGCGAAACCUAUUCAAAAGUCAGUUUCUUUGGAAAGAAUGACGGACGAUUUUAUGUUAGAAGAUGAUGAAGAUUAUGAGUUCGAAUUUGAGGAUGAUGAUGAUGAGAUGGUCGAGCCGGACGUUGAUGUUGAAAACUCGUACUACAACUCAAAAGCCCUAAAGGAGGAUAAUGCUGGUGCGGCUGUGAAAUCAUUUAUAGAAAUCGUGGACAAAUGCAAAUCCGAAAAGAAUGAAUGGGCUUUUAAGUCUUUGAAGCAGGCAUUAAAGAUUAUGUUCCGUAUGAAUCAGCUGGAUGAGAUGUUGAAGUAUUAUCAGCAAUUACUUGAAUAUGCAGAAUGGCCCAGUAUUACCAGAAACUACGCAGAAAAGUCUAUAUUUAACAUUGUGGAUUAUACAUCGUCUUCUAGCAAUGCUCAAUUCUUGGAAACUUUUUACGAAAUCACAACUCAAGCACUUCAAAAGCUUAAUAAUGAACGGUUAACGAUGAAAACAUUGAUGCACGUAGCUCGAUUCUUCCUUUCGCAAAAGAAUUAUGUCAAAUUUAAGUCUCUUUUACGGCAGAUGCAUCUUCUUCUUUCGAAUGAAAAUACUUCCGUUACGGAUCAAAACAGAGAAACACAUUUGUUGGAGCUUUAUUCAUUGGAAAUUCAGAUGUACUCUAGCCUCGAGGACAAUAAACGAUUAAAGGAAAUAUAUCAAAGCUCCCUUAGAAUCAAAACUGCCAUUCCCCAUCCUAAAAUUAUGGGUAUUAUUCGCGAAUGCGGUGGUAAAAUGCAUAUGCAGGAAGGACAAUGGUCUGAAGCGCAGACAAACUUUUUCGAAUCUUUCAAGUGUUACGAUGAAGCUGGUUCUACGGCCCGUGAACGAGUGUUAAAAUAUCUUGUUUUAUCAAAUAUGCUUUGCGAAUCGGAAAUUAAUCCCUUCGAUUCUCCAGAGACACAACCGUACAAAGAGAACCCGCAUGUCAUUGCUAUGACUAAAUUAGUGGAGGCAUAUCAAAAACGCGAUAUUAAAGAGGUGGAAAAUUUGCUCCAUGAACACCGGCAGGAUAUUAUGGAAGACGAUUUUAUUCGUCAGUACGUUGAUAAAAUCCUUUACAGCAUCAGAAGUCAGGUUCUUCUGGAAAUGAUACAGCCUUACACGACCGUGCAACUGAGUCUGCUGGCUGAAAAAUUAGGUGUCACUACUGACAUUGUUGAACAGUCGCUUAUUGGACUUAUCAUGGACGGAAGAAUUCAAGGAAAACUCGACAUGAUUCACGAAAUAUAUAUAAAGCAAAACCAGCUAACUAUAUUGAGUGACACAUUAACGAAGAAUGCUAAAAAUAUUUGGAGUGAAAUCGCGAAGAAUUAAUAGCUUCAAAUACAUUGAGUGUUUGUAAGUUAAUUAACUGAUGAGCUUGGGUAGACAAUCACACCAUUAUUCUCCAAAAAGAUUUUUCUUUUCUAAUUAAAUUCAGCUUUGUCACCGGGCAUAUGUAAGGAUUAUCUUUUAACCAGCUUUGAAUGCAUGGAUAACAAAACACAAAGCCGGUAGUUAGAACGGCCGGAUUUUUAAUAUAAUGGCCACAGAUUCUACAAGUGUUUUUUGUAAGUGUCGUAUCCUUGACUGAAAUUUCUGGUGGCUCAAGCUCAGUAAAUGCAACUCUUCCUUUCUUAACUUGAGUUGCAUAAUCAUUUGUCUGCCACCAGUCUAAAACCUGGACUAGUGAUAAAAAUAUAUUCAUGGAGUUGUCUAACAGUGAAGGAAGCGUAUACGGAUUAUGCGCCUUUUCGGAAGUAAGAUUGGGAAUGCUAGUAUCGUAAACAAGACGUUGCUUGAGUAGAUGAUCUAUGGGAUUUGAGAAUGGAAGUAUGCCCAAAGCAAACAGAAGAUAGUAAACCCAUUGAAUUUUCUUGCAAAAAUUAGAUCCCAAUUGAAAUGUGAACUUCAAUAUAGUCAAUAGUUUCUUAAGCUUUGAUAGAAUCUUCAAGCGAAAAGUGCGAAAAAAACUAGAAUGUUGUCCAUGGCUUUCAGUCUGUGUGGUGCUAUGUUCUGUAGGAGCAUUGACUCGAAAUUCUGAAAUUCUUGUAUUAUUCGACCAUGUUUUGACUUUAGAGAUUAAAAACGGCAAACAAUACUAACACAAGUCAGUAUGGAUGGAGAAAAUUAUGUCAGAAAACUUACGGUAAAAAACAAUUUUGCUAAAAUAUCCGUUUGUCUCAACCUUAUGGCUGAAUUAACUUCUUCAGGAAAUAGAUCAACUAGACAUUCUUUAUUUUUUAUAUAUUUGACACGCUUUAAUUGGAACCUCCUUUCAACGGAUGUACAAUUCCAAUUUUUGAGACUUCUGUAUUCAAUAAUAACUUUUAAGAAAAAAUAAAAAUCGUCCAGCGAGUUAUAGGCACCUAACAAUUGUCUAGGAUAUCUAUGUGUGAAAUACUAGACUUAUUAGACACAAUAGUUUGACACCUGACCUUACUGCAAAAAUAUACUUUAUAGACGGUAAGACUAAUCCAUCAAUUUCUUGAACUUGAAAAACCUCUAGCAAAGAUGGGCUUUCCAUGAAUUGUUUGGUUUCGGCGACUUUUGGUAAAGUAAAAUGGGGGAUUUAGUAUUAAUUUAAUGUUACGCGGAUUAGACCUUUAACUUACAAAAUUUAAUUCAAUCGUGU